CUGCUGUGUGCUCUGCUACUGACCGCCAUCACGCUGCUCUGUAUCCACUAUAAUGGAGUGGUAAAUGAAACCAUGGAGAAGCACAGGGAACUGUCUGAGACCCUGUCACGCCUUACAGCCAACUACACUGCAGAGAGGCACCAGUUAGAGACCAGUAACACCAAACUUAAAGCAGAGAGAGACCAGUUAGAGACCAAUUAUAACAUCUUUAAAGCAGAGAGAGACCGGUUAGAGACCAGUAACGCCAUCCUCAAAGCAGAGAGAGACCGGUUAGAGACCAGUAACACCAUCCUCAAAGCAGAAAGAGACAGUCUUCAGAGGAGUUUAAGAAUGGGACAAGUCUGUCCCCAAGGCUGGAACAAGUUCAGCUUCAGGUGUUACUACGUCUCCACUGAGAAAAAGAGCUGGAGCGACAGCCGACAAGACUGCAGAGAGAGAGGAGCUGACCUGGUGAUCAUUACCAGCAGAGAGGAGCAGGAAUUCAUCAACAGCUUAAGCAGUCGGGUCUGGAUCGGCCUGACUGACAGUGAAACAGAGGGAACCUGGAAGUGGGUGGACGGCACAAGACUGACCACAGAGUACUGGAUGAGUGGAGAGCCUAAUGAUGCUGAUUCUGGGGAGGACUGUGCUGAGAACCUUGUUACAGCGGACAAAGUGACAGGCUGGAAUGACAUGCCGUGCUCUGAUAAACAGAAAUGGAUUUGUGAGAGAAGUGCCUGACAGCACUGCUAACAUACAUGUAACAUACAUACAAUAUUCCAGGGUGGAAC